UCCAGGGAAUGGGAUAAGUGCAAACCAUGUGAGCAGCAGCAUGUGUCGAUCUCUAGGGCUACACACUGUUUAUUACGGCCACGUUUCUUCUGGUAAGUGCAACGCGUCGCCACAUACAUUAGAGGUUUGUAGUAAAGACCGGUAAACAGCUCUGCCGUUUUUUUUUUUUUUGUCAAAUGCCGAUUUUGUUGAAUCUUGAUAAAUUUGCCGACUGCAAAGGCACUGAAACUUAUAUAUAUAGGAGUGCAUCCUCCGGAAACCCGAGUUUCAAAACGAUGAACCACGUUGUUAGAUCGGUAAGUCAUCAUCGUCCAUCCGCUGUUUUUCUAUCUUCCAAGUCAAAUCGGCUAGGUCGUAGGACGACUGCUUCAGUUAUCAGUUUCAGGCAAGCCACUACUACCGUGUCGAGCACUCCAGAGAAUCCGCACAACAUGGACAAGACUCAGAACCCAGAUGAGAAAACUGAGUGGGGGGACGUUAUGUCUCAUUCGUUUGGAGAAGGGUAUGCAACCAGGUCUGAUGAAGAAGGAUUUGGUGGGAUUUAUGGAGGAAACCAGUCGGAAAGGAAAGAGAAAAUUCAUGAGAAUCACCCUGAUUAUGACAGGAGCCAGGGAAGUGAAGUGAAUGAGAAGGAGAAAUCGAGGCACCAGAGCAAUAAUCCUCCUUAAUUCGCCUAUGCGCAUGGAGGAGUUGGGUGGUUUUUUCCCCCCGGCAAACUAUAGUGUAGCCAGUGUACUAAGAAUAAAUUAAUAUUAAUAUUUACCGAUCGAGUUUUAAGG